AUGGUGUUGCCCGACCGACUGAUGGUCGCCUUCGCCGACAACAUCUACAUCAGCACGACGCAGGACCAAGUGGCGUACGACUUCGACGUGGCCGAGAAGGAGCUGGCGAGUGUGCUGCAGCACCUCGUGCGAGACAAGUGCGAGGUGUGGGGCGAGCACUUCACCAAGGGCAUGGACCGGCCGGCAAACAUGCCCGACGGUGUAUGCGUGCGAGACGAGGGGCUGCUGGUGCUGGGCUGCCCGUUCGGCACAUCGGAGUUCAUGGAGUGGCGCUUCGCCAAGGUGCUCAAGAAGACCCAGCACCUUCUCGCCAAUCUGCCUCAGCUGGAGGACCCGCAGAGCGCCGAGAAGCUGCUCCGCUUCUGCGCCACGCCGAAGUUCCACUACCACCUCCGCACCUCCCUCCCCUUCACCCGCCCCCUCGCCGAGGCGGCUGGCAAGCACUCCCGCGCCCUCAUCCAGGCCGCCUGCACCCUCUUCUCCCUUGGCGACAUCCAGACCAAGACCGUCCGCCAGCUCAAGCUGCCGCUGACCGAGGGGGGAUUCGGCCUCACUGAUGCCGCCCGCAUCACGCCAGCGGCCUACUUCGGCGCGAGUGCGGUGGUGUUGGCCGAUGUGGUCGCCCGCCACGAAGGCGCCGCAUGGAUGCCAGCGCACCGGCGCGCAGGGCUGGAGGUGCUGCCGUGGGUGAGAGCGAUCCAAGCCGCGUACGACCACCUUCUCGCCCACUCCCCCCCGUCCCCUCAAUCCGACCCCCUACCUGACGUCCGCAGCCUCAUGCUUCGCCCCGUCGGCGGCCUGCAGACCAAGCUGACUCAACGCAUCCACCAGCAGGAGUCCGCCUCCCUGCAGGCAGCCCUGGACGCCCUGCGUGAUGAAGCCGGCCACCCGACGACUGACGGCGCCCGGCUGCAAAGCUGCAAAGGGCCCGGAGCGUCGGAGUGGCUACAAGCUAUCCCGUCCUGCCCUACAACGACCAUCUCCCCCGACGCCUUCGUGUGAAACGUGCAGUUCCAGCUCGGCCUGGUGAAGGGACCGACGAUGUGUGGGGCGUGCACGAAGCCCUGCGACCCUCAAGGCGACCACAUGCUCAAGUGCCCCAACCAUGGCUACCUCAUUAGUCGUCACAACACCGUCCAAGCGACCGUCUAUCGCAUCUGCAAGGAGGCCCGAUGCCUCAGCGUGAAGACAGAGCAGCUUCUGCGUGACUACCAGUGCCCACUCCCGCAAACGACCGAUAAGCAGCGGAUGGACCUGGUGAUCACCCAGUAUGACGGCUCCAAGAUCAUAGUUGACAUCACCGGCACUCACCCCACCCACGCCGACCGCCCAGGCGAUCCCAGGAACCUCACCAAUCAGCAGCCCGGCUCGGCCCUUUGCGCGGCCGAGAAAUGCAAGAGGGACCUAUAUGCCGUUGCCUGCGUGCGGGGAGGGUACACGUUCUUACCUUUGGCCUUCGAGUCGUAUGGACGCUGGUCUCGGACCAUGGCGACCUUUUUGCACAAGCUAGGCAAGGCAAUGAAGGAAACUCACUAUAGGGACGACAGGGAUUUUUCGACGGGCCGCGUUGUGGCCCGGUGGUGGGCCCUUUUGUCGUGUGCAGUCAGGCGUGAGUGCGCUCUUACGCUUCGCGCAAGAGUGAGGCCGCUACACCAUUCAUCCGUCCCUUCCCCAGAGACGAGGUCUGAGGGAGGGAUCCCUAUUCACCCCACUAGGCCUUUUGCUCGCCACACUAUGCCGCGCCUUUCUUUCGCACACAUGUGGCUUCAAUGUGCGUGUGUGGGUGUGGGUGUGUGUGUGCGGGUGUGUGCGUUUGGGCUAUUGGUAUUCGUAUGCGGGCGUGUCGUGUGGGAUGGGUGUGCCGGCACGGCGUCCGGUUGCGUCUGGCAUGUGUGUGGCUUGCCCUUGUGGUUUUCCCUGCGGUGAUGUGUGUACGGGCGUGCUCUGUGGGUGUCUGCACGUCGACCGCCUGCCGCCCCCUCUUCGCCGUGGAGACUGGAGCGGCGGCGCGCUCCGCUUUCGGACAGCCUCAUCACCCCGUGUGUGUUCAUGUCAAGGGCAUAUUUGUGUGUGACUGGUCGAUCGGCACUGGCUGGCCAGCUGGGGAUGGGCGGCAUGUACGUAUGGAGUCAUGGUGCAGGACGCACGCCGCCUUCGGGCCGCCCCUUCCGGCCGGCCGCCCGCUGGGGUGGCGUGCGUCUGACGUUAUGUGCCUGCUCUUAUGUUGCCGUCGUUGGCAGCGCAUUGCAUCUCCACCUGUUUGCUGCUUCUGCCCUUUGCGUGCUGUGUGUUGCGUGUGCGUGUUGCAUGUUGGGGUGCAUGUUGCAUGUUGGGAUGGACAGACAUGGGACUUGACCGUCAGGCCGCCUAGGGUAUUGCCUGAAACCGCUACCCCUCACAUGAUGUACCAGACAGACAGUUCAGAAUCCAUGAAUGUUCCUUGGAGCCUUUCAGCAGCGAUGUCUUCUUAUUCUCUCUCUCUUUUUGGAUCAGGGGCGUGCCACUUCAACCACUGAGCGAGUUGAGCGCAGGUGUGGCUUUUUGGCACACGAGGCUCUCGGCUUGACCCUGUGGCUGUCAGGCUACCCUUGAUUACACUUUACGGCUCUCUUCUUAAUUCGUGAUUCAUUGGUGUCUGGGCCUGUGACUUGUUUUGCCUGGGACUCUACCGAUGGAAAGGAUAAUGGCUUGAUCUGCGGCCCAGAGAAUGGCGCGAAUGUUAUCUGCGUAGAGGAGCUUUUGGGUGUGAAUGAGAUGUGGAGGCUUGGUUAUGUGUCCAUUCGUAAUUGGAAAGCUGAAGAAUUUCGGCUCCCAUGUGCGGUCCCUGUGGUGGUAGUGGUCUUAUUGGUGUGAUUUCGCUGUUCUGGCGCCCUCAAUCGAUCUGGACGAGGUCUGCCAAGAUCCUACCCAACAAUAACGACACCCUCGAGAAGCUGAAGGCCCUCCACCCUCCUGCUCCCUUCCCGCC